GCUGUGGUUCAAAGCCACACAAAGAAAGCUGCUUAAGCAGUUGAAUAUUUUGGACUGCACGGACAAGUGUGGUUCGACUGCAAAGACUGCAGAGUAGAGGAAACUUAAUGUUUUAGAGAAGUUGUUAAAAAAUGGAGUCGUGGAAGAUGAGCAUCUUUAAGAGACAGACAUCACCUUGUCCUCCAAGCUAUCGAAGAUCUUUGUCAGAACCUGCUGAUGCAAAUUCAGAGAUAGGAGCAAGCUUAAAGAGCUAUCCUUGGCCUGGUCCAGUGAAAAGCAAGAGGAAGAAAAAUGAACAUGCUGCUUCCAGUCUAGAAAAGCCACUGGGUGCUUAUCGGUGGCAAACACAUCCCAGCUAUAGGUGGAAAGGGGGCAAAAGGGAGAGGUUGGAGACUAAUAAAAAAGGCUUGGAUGAACCUCAACAAAAGGUCCUGCCAAAGAUGGUUGGCAAUAAGGCUUCUUCCUCUGCUAACGAGGUCCUUGGAACAUCAACAGAGAAGCUGAACCUGGUCAACACCCGGUCACUUCGGGUUCCGUUCACCAGAUCUAUUUCAGAGCCAGAACCCCGCUGCAGUAUCAGAUUUGUUAGACCGUGGCCGACUUCAGGGAGAUCAGAGGAAUCUGAGCAACAGGGAUAUUUCAUCCGUGGCAUUUUCUCUACUCUUUCCAAUGGCUUCUCCAGGAUGCUGAGUCUAAAAGGAGAAUCAACCAGUGAGCCAGUAAGAGAAGAUGUCAAGGGGCCACCCACCCAUCGUCUGUCUUGUGGCCAGUCACCCUACACAGAGACGACAACAUGGGAGCGGAAGUAUUGCAUCCUCACAGACAGCCAGUUGGUGUUGCUCAACAAGGAGAAGGAGAUCCCUGUGGAGGGAGGACAGGAGCAGCAGACAGAUUCCACCAAAGGGCGAUGCCUGAGGAGAACCGUCAGUGUCCCUUCCGAGGGCCAGUUUCCUGAGUACCCACCAGAGGGCGCCACCAAACUUGAGGUGCCGGCAGAAAGGUCCCCCCGCAGACGGAGUAUCUCAGGGACCAGUACAUCAGAGAAACCCAACUCCAUGGACACUGUAAAUACCUCACCCUUCAAAGUACCAGGGUUCUUCAGCAAGCGUCUGAAAGGCUCCAUCAAGAGGACCAAAAGCCAGUCAAAGCUUGACAGAAACACUAGCUUUCGGCUUCCAUCCCUUCGUAAUGCAGAUGAUAGGGCUCGAGGUCUGCCUAAACUAAAAGAGUCACGUUCCCAUGAGUCCUUGCUGAGCCCUUGCAGUGCGGUGGAAUGUCUGGAUCUAGGCAGAGGAGAGCCUGUGUCAGUGAAACCACUCCAUAGUAGCAUCCUUGGGCAAGACUUCUGCUUUGAGGUUACAUAUUUAAGUGGAAGUAAAUGCUUCAGCUGUAACUCCGCUUCAGAGAGAGAUAAGUGGAUGGAAAACCUUCGUAGGACAGUUCAACCAAAUAAGGACAAUUGCAGACGAGCUGAAAAUGUUCUUCGUUUGUGGAUCAUUGAAGCCAAGGACCUUGCCCCUAAAAAGAAAUAUUUCUGUGAACUGUGCCUUGAUGAUACCCUCUUUGCUCGUACAACCAGCAAGACCAAAGCAGAUAAUAUUUUCUGGGGUGAACAUUUUGAAUUCUACAGCCUUCCGCCUCUUCAUAGCAUCACAGUUCACAUUUAUAAAGAUGUGGAAAAAAAGAAAAAAAAAGACAAGAAUAAUUAUGUAGGGCUAGUCAACAUUCCCACUGCCAGUGUGACUGGUCGCCAAUUUGUAGAAAAAUGGUACCCAGUGAGUACCCCUACACCCAACAAAGGAAAGACAGGAGGACCUUCUAUUCGAAUUAAAUCACGUUUCCAAACUAUCACCAUUCUGCCUAUGGAGCAAUACAAAGAAUUCGCAGAAUUUGUCACCAGCAACUACACCAUGCUGUGUUCUGUCCUUGAACCAGUAAUCAGUGUGAGAAAUAAAGAGGAGUUGGCCUGUGCCUUAGUGCACAUUCUUCAAAGUACUGGCAGAGCCAAGGAUUUUCUCACCGACUUAGUGAUGUCCGAGGUGGAUCGCUGUGGAGAGCAUGACGUCUUGAUUUUCAGAGAGAACACCAUUGCCACCAAAUCUAUUGAGGAAUACCUCAAGUUGGUGGGACAGCAGUAUCUUCACGACGCACUGGGGGAGUUCAUCAAAGCUUUGUACGAGUCCGAUGAGAACUGUGAAGUAGAUCCCAGCAAGUGUUCCUCGAGCGAACUGAUAGACCAUCAGAGCAACCUGAAGAUGUGCUGUGAGCUGGCUUUCUGCAAGAUCAUCAACUCCUACUGUGUUUUCCCUCGUGAGUUGAAAGAAGUGUUUGCAUCAUGGAAGCAGCAGUGCCUGACCCGCGGCAAGCAGGACAUCAGUGAGCGGCUCAUCAGUGCCUCAUUGUUUCUCCGUUUCCUGUGCCCCGCCAUCAUGUCCCCCAGUCUCUUCAACCUUAUGCAGGAGUAUCCUGAUGACCGCACAUCUCGCACCCUGACUCUGAUUGCCAAGGUCAUUCAGAACCUGGCUAACUUUGCCAAAUUUGGUAACAAAGAAGAAUACAUGGCGUUCAUGAAUGAUUUUUUAGAGCAUGAAUGGGGUGGAAUGAAGCGCUUUCUUUUGGAGAUCUCUAAUCCAGACACCAUCUCAAACACCCCAGGCUUUGAUGGUUACAUUGAUCUGGGCCGAGAGCUUUCAGUUUUGCAUUCCUUACUGUGGGAAGUAGUUUCCCAACUUGAUAAGGGUGAAAAUUCCUUCCUACAGGCGACCGUGGCAAAGUUGGGACCUCUCCCUCGAGUUCUUGCUGAUAUUACCAAGUCUCUGACUAAUCCUACGCCAAUACAACAGCAACUGAGGCGCUUCACUGAGCAUAACUCCAGUCCGAAUGUCAGUGGAAGCCUCUCCUCUGGGCUGCAGAAAAUAUUUGAAGACCCCACUGACAGUGAUUUGCAUAAACUCAAAUCUCCAAGCCAGGACAACACAGAUAGCUAUUUCAGAGGGAAGACAUUAUUGCUGGUUCAGCAGGCGUCCUCCCAGAGCAUGACUUACUCUGAAAAGGAUGAAAAGGAAAGCAGCCUUCCUAAUGGCCGGAGCAUCUCCCUCAUGGACCUCCAGGACCCUCACGCCGCUCAGGUGGAGCACGCGUCUGUCAUGCUUGAUGUGCCUGUGCGCCUGACGGGAAGCCAGCUUUCCAUCACGCAGGUGGCCAGCAUCAAACAACUGCGGGAGACCCAGAGCACCCCCCAGAGCGCCCCCCAAGUGAGAAGGCCCCUGCACCCAGCCCUGAACCAGCCAGGCAGCCUCCAGCCCUUGUCCUUCCAGAACCCUGUCUAUCACCUCAAUAACCCAAUUCCAGCAAUGCCAAAGGCCUCUGUGGAUUCCAGUUUGGAGAAUCUAAGCACUGCCAGUUCCAGAAGCCAAAGCAACAGCGAGGACUUCAAACUCAGCGGGCCCAGCAAUAGCAGCAUGGAAGAUUUCACCAAACGCAGCACCCAGAGCGAGGACUUCUCCAGGCGGCACACUGUGCCGGACAGGCACGUCCCUCUUGCUCUGCCGCGGCAGAACAGCACCGGGCAGGCCCACAUCCGGAAGAUGGACCAGGCUGGGUUAGGUGCCCGAGCCAAAGCCCCGCCAUCCCUGCCACACAGCGCUUCUUUACGGAGCACGGGGAGCAUGUCGGUGGCGUCUGCGGCACUGGUGGCCGAACCUGUGCAGAACGGGAGCCGGUCCCGGCAGCAGUCCUCCUCCUCCAGGGAGAGCCCCGUUCCCAAAGUGAGAGCCAUCCAGAGACAGCAGACGCAGCAGGUACAGUCACCUGUGGACUCUGCCACAAUGUCCCCAGUAGAGAGGACAGCAGCCUGGGUGCUGAACAAUGGGCAGUAUGAAGAGGAUGUGGAAGAGACUGAGCAAAAUCAAGACGAAUCCAAGCACGCUGAGAAGUACGAGCAGGAAAUUACGAAGCUGAAGGAGCGCCUGCGAGUGUCCAGCCGGCGGCUGGAGGAGUAUGAACGCCGCUUGCUGGUGCAGGAGCAGCAGAUGCAGAAGCUGCUGCUGGAGUACAAGGCCAGGCUGGAGGACAGCGAGGAGCGCCUGCGCAGGCAGCAGGAGGAGAAGGACAGCCAGAUGAAGAGCAUCAUCAGCAGGCUGAUGGCUGUGGAAGAGGAACUGAAGAAGGAUCACGCCGAGAUGCAAGCAGUUAUUGAUGCAAAGCAAAAAAUAAUUGACGCACAGGAAAAGAGGAUCGUGUCGCUGGAUUCGGCCAACACCCGACUGAUGAGCGCGCUGACGCAGGUGAAGGAGCGCUACAGCAUGCAGGUCCGCAAUGGCCUCUCCCCCACCAACCCCACCAAGCUUUCCAUCACGGAGAAUGGUGAAUUCAAAAACAGCAGCUGCUGACGGCCUUGGUGAACACACAGACUGUGGGAGGAGACAGAAGGAAAUGUCCCCGCUCUCCUGGCCCCAGCCCUCUCCCCGACCCCCCAGGUUUACAGAAUGUUGCUACUUCUGAACAGUAGAGUGGCGAGACAUUCUCGAAUGAAGAAAGGAACCUUGUCUUUCAGGGCAUAAGGCUGAGACUUCCAAGGUCGAUGCUUUUCCCCCAUGUCUCUAUGUACAUAGGGAACUUAGUUCUGGGCCAUGUACAGAAAAUACCACUGUAAUAUACCAAAAGGAAGUGAAUAAUGUAGAAUACCUUUUUAAUUAUUACUAUUUUUAUUAUUGUUUUCCUCUUGUUGAAAGCACUGCGGUUGUUAGAGGAGGAAAAAGUAGGAACGAGGGGUGAGUGAGCGAUGAGCCCGCGGGCUCAGUAGGUAGAGACCAAGUGUCUGUCGGAUAGAAGCACGUGGAGUGCAAUAGGACAUCGUCAGAAUGAAUUUUUCAGGGAUUCAUCUGCCAGUCUAAAACCCCACUCUGGCCCCGUUGUCCUGUAGGAGAACAUACAAAUACCAAGAACCAACCAAAACAAUUGAUCCCACUGAUCAACCAAGACUGGUUCUGGAUGGACAGCUAAUCCGAUUUGGGGAUACACUGUUUCAGAAGACACAGAUAAGAGCUGUUGCAUCAAAACUGGACUUUAGGAGUGGUUUCCAUCGAACUCCUGUUGAUGUCUAUUUCCUUCUGUCUACAGCAGAUGGGAAUUUUCCAUUUUAGAUAGGGGGCUUUUUUUAACCCCAGUUGUAAUAAAGGGUGUUCUUUUUCCUCUUUA